AUGGUGCUGGCGGGGAUUCCGGUGCGACUUUUGAACGAGGCCCGUGGUCAUGUUAUUCUGGUCGAGCUUAUGCUGGGUGACGUUUAUCGCGGCAAGCUUCUCGACAACGAGGACUCGAUGAACCUCCAACUUCUCGACGUGGUGUGUCAGUCACGCAAUGGCCAGAGCGAGCACUUGAACCAAGUCUACGUCCGCGGGCUGAAUAUCCGCUUUGUUCUGGUGCCUGAUAUGCUCAAGAAUGCCCCCAUGUUCUACCAGAAACCAGGCGACAAGCCCAAACCUCCUGUGCGAGGCCCGCCGCCCAACAAGCGCCCUCGUCACUGA